AUGAAUGAAAAAAGAAACGGUACAACUUCAAAAUGAACACUGUACUUAAAAGGGAUUAGGGUUUUGGUUGAGCAAGCAGAGAAAGAAGAAAUGGGGAUGGGGGGUUUGCAACACGUUCUUGCUCAAUUAACAAUAAACACUAACACUAUCAAGAAUCUCCUUCAAAUAAUCAUGCUCUCCGACAUCGAUUACCGCUGUAAAAUCGCCAUCUUACUCAGAACCCUACAUGAUGAGUUGAACAAAUCAUAUAUCCAUCAAUGGAUGCUUCAAGUUAUCGAAUUACUCGCACAACUUUAUAUUCAUCAUUCUAAACCAAUGACCAUCUCUUUUCAAGAAGCUUAUUGCGCCAUUGCAGUUGAAUGUACUUUGAGGUGCCUUCAUACAACAACAACACGCCCUAACUACAUCACAGCUGUUGAGACUAUUUGGAAAGAUAGGGUUCCUUACAUUGAGAUGUCUUGGAAAAGUGGGUUGUUUACUGAUGAAUUAGAGAAAUGGAAAAAUGAAAUCUUGAAUUCUCUUUUGGAUGCACGGGUUAUGAAAAAACUCGAAAGCUUUCCAGAUAAUACUAAUAAGAUUGCGCUUCAAAAGUUAGAUUUUUUCUUGGCUAAAGCUUGGGAUGAUCUUGGUCCGGCUAACAAUUUCGAUGUCAUUGUCAAUGACUCAAGUGUCAUAGCAUCUUUAAUCAAAGGCAAGUUUGUCAAUACUGUUGCUGCUGAGAAAAUGGACGCAAUAUCCUCUUGUAGCAAAAUCAACUCUAUGCCGGUUGACGAGGUUCCAACGACUGGGGAAUCUCUUCAAUGUAGUUCUGCUGAGUUGGAAAACCAGGACGUUGAGGUCAUGAAUCAAGAGGCACAGAUGGAAAGCGAUAUUUCAGAUACUGUUGAUGAUGAGAGAAUGGAUGCAGAAAUCUCUAAUAGCAAAAUCAACUCUAUGCCGAUUGAUGAGGUUCCAAAGAUUGGGGAAUCUCUUCAAUGUAGUUCUGCUGAGCUGGAAAAUCAGGAUGUUGAGGACAUGAAUCAAGAGGCACAGAUGGAAAACAAUAGUCCAGAUUCAUAUGUACCCAUCUCGCAAGGUUGCCGAAGUAUUAAUAAUAACAAGGCUAAUCAUAAAAAGAGAACUUCUGCCCGUCAGAGUGAUGUUCGUCAUCCUAGCUUGAUGAAAUCAAAUUGUACUGCUCGUACUCAUGAGUGGGAUGAUUCAAUUGGCUCGCAGGGAGGAACAAGUGACACAAGUAAAAUUAGUUUGCGUAGUCCAAAAGUGAGGAAACUUCCUCCAUUCAAGGAGUAUAAACCAAAGAGAAAGAAAAGAACAUGGAGUGAAUUGGAAGAGGAUAAUCUAAGGGCUGGAUUUAAACAAUUUGGCUAUGAUUGGAAAACUAUAUGCGAUUCUUUUACAUUUGAUCGAAGAACCCCAGUUGAUUUGAAAGACAAAUGGAGAAAUAUGAUCAAGUAUGGAAAAGCACAAGAACCUGGACAAGCUCAAGAAUGAAGCAUUUGCACUUGAAAGCAUUUUUUGUUGAUUAGAGAGGUCUCUAUAUAUCGACUUCACUACCAAUUCCAAAUGAUGAACUAAAAUUGAGAUAUAUUAUAUUUUGAAUUUGGGAGGUAUGUUCAGUUGUAUUUUGUAUAUGUCCCUAAGAAGACCGUACUUCAAAAUCAUGAAGGGAAAAAGUUAGUGUGGGGAAGGAAAUUCAAUAGUACCUGAUACUGCUUUAGUGUAGGUAGUAUUCCAAGUAAUUUCUAUCGUAAAGGUUCAAAACUUGAGCAACUAGUUUUAGCUCUUCUCAAAAUAUAUUUUAGGUGCACUUAUAUCAUUAUCCUUGUUAAUAUGUCUGAAAGGUAGAAAGACAACAAAAGUCAGAGUUAGCUCUAAUUGUUAUCAUGUUGCUUUAUUAGAUAUUUUUGUUAUUCUAGUAAUAUCGUGAGUUCACAUUUUUUGUGUAUUCAUUAUUCAGUAACAAAGAGUUUCAAA